ACUUGUUUAGGCUAUAUCGGUUGUUUGUCAAAUGUACAACUUUUAACAUUGCGGCAUUUUUUACGAUUUGGCGUAUUUUAUCAAAAACACAUUUUCACCUAUCUAUUUUCGUGCAAAUUCUCGAUAAUAAUGUCGCAGAAUCCGGAAAACACUUGGUCGGCCGCCGAAGCAAAAGAAAACCAACAAGAAAUUGCCAAAUUGGUAGACAAUUUGUCAUUGCAAAAGGAUGGCGAGGCUAAAUCCGAAGAUGACGGUGUCGACGUUUCAAAUCCGGCUGACGCUAGUUUGUUGCAAAAAAUCAUUCGUAAAGGUUUGAUCGAUACAAGGUCCGAAUUGGAUAUCAUUCGACAAGAUCCAAAUUCACCGCUUUACUCGGCAAAAACAUUCGAGGAAUUGAAAUUGAAGCCCGAACUUUUGAAAGGUGUUUACGCCAUGAAUUUCAACAAACCAUCCAAAAUUCAGGAAACGGCACUUCCCACAUUGCUCGCUGAUCCGCCGCAAAAUAUGAUCGCUCAGUCGCAAUCUGGAACAGGAAAAACGGCUGCAUUCGUCAUUGCAAUGCUAAGUCGCGUUGACACAUCGAAAAACUACCCACAAAUCUUGUGCUUGUCACCAACAUACGAAUUGGCCAUUCAAACUGGUGAAGUUGCGGCCAAAAUUGCACAAUUUUCACCUAUCAAACUACGGUAUGCUGUUCGUGGUGAAGAAGUUGCCCGUGGGUCAAAGUUGGACGAUCACAUAAUAAUCGGUACACCAGGAAAGGUGCUCGAUUGGUCGAGCAAAUUCCGUGUCUUUGAUAUCAAGAAAAUUAGCGUUUUUGUGCUAGAUGAAGCCGAUGUCAUGAUUGCAACACAAGGUCAUCAGGAUCAAUGCACUCGAAUUCACAAACAAAUACCAACAACAUGUCAAAUGAUGUUGUUUUCGGCCACAUAUGAUCGGCAAGUAAUGGAAUUCGCACAACACAUUGUCAAGAAUCCGAUUGUGAUUAAAUUGCUGCGUGAGCAAGAGUCAUUGGACAAUAUCACACAGUACUAUGUUCGUUGCCGUGAUCAAGAUGAAAAGUACCAGGCUAUUCAAAACAUUUAUGGUGUCAUCACCAUUGGUCAGGCCAUCAUAUUCUGUCAUACCCGUAAAACCGCCAGUUGGUUGGCUGUGAAGAUGACAAAGGAUGGACAUUCGGUGGCUGUGUUGUCUGGUGAAUUGACCGUUGAACAGCGAUUGGCUGUGUUGGAUCGCUUCCGUGCCGGAUUGGAAAAGGUUUUGAUUACAACCAACGUUCUAUCUCGAGGAAUCGACGUCGAACAAGUCACAAUUGUUGUAAACUUUGACUUGCCGGUUGAUCAAGAGGGCGACGCCGAUUGCGAAACAUACUUGCAUCGAAUUGGUCGAACCGGACGUUUCGGCAAAAAUGGAAUAGCAAUCAAUUUGGUCGAUUCGGAAAAGUCAAUGAAUGUGUGCCGAACAAUCGAAAAACAUUUUGGAAAGAAGAUUCAUCUUUUGGACGCCGAUGAUUCCGAUGAAAUCGAGAAAAUUGGCUCAUAAACAGGAUACACUGUGCAGUGCAUUCUAUUCAAAACAUUCAUUAAAUCCAGUUACUGUUAACAAGUUAACAACAUACAUUGCACUCAAAUAAACAUAAAAUUAUUUUAAAAAAAAACUCAUACACAAUUACUAUGAGACUCUUAACAUAAGACAAAAGAAAAUGUAAUAAAAAUACAAACAUUUUUCAUCGAAAAAGCAAAA